CAUUUCCAGUCUGCUCCAUUUACUGGCCCUCUCCAUCCACAAUUACAACAACAGCAACAACAGCAACAACAACGACAACAACAACAACAGCAGCAACAUGAUUUGAUGGUGAAGAGAAAGGAUCAACUAAUACUAAAUGCAUGCAACCCGGAUGCCAUUAAGACAGUGGAUGAUGAGGAAAGGUUUAUAGCUUCGCGUGGUCAAAUAGUUUGCUCCGAACCUUUCAACAUCUUCGUCAUCGUAAUUCUGAAAUAA